CCCCGGCGCUGCCCGCCGGCCCUGCCCGCCCUGCUGUGGCUGGCGCUGGCCCCGCUGCCCGGUCCCGCCGCCAGGGCCGAGCUGCGGGUGCGGGUGCGGUUGCCCGGCGGGCAGGUGACGGAGGAGAGCCUGCAGGCCGACAGCGGCUCCGACUGCAUCAGCCUGGAGCUGCGGACCGCCGACGGCGCCCUCGUCACCCUCACCGCCGACUUCAGACAGGAGGUGAAGAUCUUCCGUGCCUUAAUCUUAGGGGAGCUGGAGAGGGGCCAAAGCCAGUUCCAAGCACUGUGCUUCGUCACACGGCUUCACCGCAACGAGAUCAUCCCCAGUGAGUCGAUGGCAAAGCUGCGGCAGAAGAAUCCCAGGACGGUGCGGCAGGCUGAGGAGGUGCGGGGCCUGGAGCACCUCAGCAUGGACGUGGCUGUCAACUUCAGCAAGGGGGCCCAGCUCAGCUCUCACAUCCACAAUGUCUGUGCAGAGGCCAAAGAAGCAAUUUACACCCGAGAAGAAGAUGUCAAAUUCUGGCUGGAGAAAGGGGUGGAUGGCUCCAUGUUCGAGGUCCUGCCGCAGACGUCAGACCUCCCCGACCUGCAGCGCUGCAGGCUGUGUGGGGACCGCUGGAAGCCCUGCAUCUGCAGCUACUCGCUGAGCAUCGAGUGGUACCCCUGCAUGCUCAAGUACUGCAAGAGCCGCGAUGCCGGCGGCAAGGUUUCUUCGUACAAAUGUGGCAUCCGCAGCUGCCAGAAGGGCUACACCUUUGAUUACUACGUGCCGCAGAAGCAGCUGUGUCUCUGGGACGAGGAGACCUAGCAGAGCCAGGCCAGGCCUUUCCAAGGGGCGGCUCAUCUGCCUCCUGCCACCCUUUAUGAUGCUGAGGGCCUCCUGGAGCUGGCUGCUCCAAAGAAGGAACGCGGUUCACAGCGGUGCCUUGUACCAGGAGAGCUCUCUGUGUGUGCCUUUCCUUCUGGCCCCUGUGACUCCCUCCCCACCUGAUGCUGCCUCAUACUGUGAGAAAUGGGCUCAGCUCACCACGUGUUGAUGUUCUCCUGCCAGCUGCCAGGAGGUACGGCUUCCUGGAGGAAGCAGGUUUCUGGGGUGAAGCACUGGGGGGAGGGUGUUUUGCCCCGCUCUGGAGGUAGCAGAUGUGAAAGGGGGCAGCUCUGGUCAGUUAUCAGCCUCGAGCAUCCUGAUGAGUGGGCAGGGCAGGGAGAGAAAUGGUCUUGAUGACCUGGGUUGUCAAACAUCUCUGCCACUGAAGAAGCCCCUUCAUUGACUUCACCUCGUGGUGACGCAGCAGCGUUUCCCAAUGGGAAAACAGCUGAUUUUUGGGACCACAUACCCUGAACAAGGAAGGUACGAAGCCUACCCAAAGCCUGUAGCUUUUUCUAGUGCCCGACUGGCUGUUUAUAUCCUUCCUGUGGCUAGAAGGUACAAUGGGGGGAUAUAUCCCAGCAAUGACUUCUGCCCCUAAAGGGCUCGUGAUUUGGGCUCUAAUUAAUCCCUGUUUAGACUAGUGAAGGCCCAACUUUUUAUGUUGGCCCUGUGACUCUCCCACUAGGAAAGAAAACACCCAGAGACUUGUGACUACCAUCAUAACAUUGUGGUUGCAGGUGGGGGAGGAUGAUCCCAGGUGGGUUCACGCUGUCAUUUUGAAGAAGACAACAUCCUACAUCUACGUCCAGUUUUGUGUCCUACUCUGCCAGCUAUUCACAAGAAGCUCUUAGAUAAUUGUAUUGCUUUGCUGUGCCUUGGUUUCCCCCAUAUGUAAAACAGGGACCACACUGAAGCUGACCUUGGCGCUGGUAUAUACCUGGAGGGCGUCAGACAAAAAGCACUGCAGGAGUGAGUGCUGCCUGGUUCCUGUGUCCUCUCCCACUCAAAUCAGAACACGCAGGGAGGGGAGAGAGAGGCUGUUGGGGUCGUUGUGAACCCCCGUACCUCCUGGUGAAAAGCCUUCACGAUGUGCCUUUUUGUCUAAAAUACGGGAAUUUUUGACACAGAAUUUGGUCACAAUUAUUUUUGUAUUGAUCACUUAAGGGGGGAGAAGGGAAAGGUAUUUUAAUAUUGCAACAUGAAGUAAAACACACUUGGAAUGAUUUUUUUAAGACAAAUUAUUUAUCAUUUGUAAGGUAAAAUAAACUGAUUUUUUUUUUUUAAAAGCA